CCGGCGGCGGCGGCGUUGGCGGCGGCCUGGAGGAGCCGCGCACCCGCCGCCGCCCCCGGAGCCCGAGGAGAGGGCGGCGGGCGACCCCCGGGGAAGAUGAAGGCGGAGGGGGGCGACUCCUCCAUGAUCAACCUGUCGGUGCAGCAGGUCCUGAGCCUCUGGGCCCACGGGACGGUGCUGAGGAACCUCACGGAGAUGUGGUACUGGGUCUUCCUCUGGGCCCUCUUCUCCUCUCUGUUCGUCCAUGGUGCUGCCGGAGUGCUGAUGUUUGUGAUGCUGCAGAGGCAUCGGCAAGGGAGAGUCAUCUCCGUCAUCGCCGUCAGCAUCGGGUUUCUGGCUUCCGUGACUGGAGCGAUGAUCACUAGUGCAGCCGUGGCCGGCAUUUACCGAGUGGCCGGGAAGAACAUGGCCCCCUUGGAAGCCCUGGUGUGGGGCGUUGGACAGACAGUACUGACGCUCAUCAUCUCCUUCUCAAGGAUCCUCGCCACACUCUGAGGUUUCUGUGAGAAUGUCUUUACUUCACAUAAGGAAACAGACGUACAGAUUCUCUGAAAACGGCGUCGUUAGCGAGUGGGCGUGAGAUCGUACAAGGACGUGGAAGGAGCAGGUCGAAACCCAAGGCCUUGGGCCGUGUGGGAAGAUCGCCCUCUGGUGUUCAAUGAUUGCACUACCGCACCGCACCUUACGUGCCUCCGUCCCGGGCAAGGCGCACCGCUGCGUGAAGCUACAAGAAAAAGCACCUUGUUUAGCUGCCAAUCAGGUUAACACUGGUGUUGAAUCAUCAUUCUUAACAGUGUUGUGUUAAGUUACAGGGACGUUUUGAAGAACUGAUACAUGUGCCAAACUCUUUUUUUUUUUUUUAACAUUGAUCAUGUGAAAUUUGCAAGUGUAGCUGUAGAUGAGUGCUGUGAACAUAUUUGACAUGAAUUCAGGUGAUGUAGUGAGAAAUUUUGUUUUGUAAUGCUAAAUCCUGUAUGAGUGCUGAAUAUCAAAUCAUUUAUGAGACAAAUUACCUGAUUUUUAAUGUUGAACGUUUCUGGGAUUUAGGGCUUUCAUAUAAACUAGGUAUUUAUUGUUAUUUACUUUACAUGGAAAAUGAUACUGAACGGAAAACUGCUAGACUCUUUUAAGGUUCAAAGUAGAUCUGUAGGGUGCAUCCUUUUCACUCACUCAAAUAACACUCUUUAAUAGUUUCCCUCAUACAUAAACAUUCUGUUGCUAUGAAUUUAAAAACUUUUGGGGUCACACAUAUUGAUUGUAGUUUGUGUGUCAUGAAAAUUUAAUUUGAAAAUUUUCUUAUAAAUUUUGUAAGAAAAGUCUGAAAUGCACAUCCUAUUCUUGAUCCUUCUGAAGAAAGUUUCUGCCAUGUAUCUCAUGGAGAAAACAUCUUUACAGCUAGUAUCUCAGUGGGAUUAUAUUACUUAUUGCAUAUAUCUUAUUUUUGACAAAACGUAAGCAGUCUCUCAUCCUGGAGUAUCAAAUAUAUAUAAAGAGUGGCCUAAAUUAGGCUGUGAAAACAAGAAGCCUCACUUGUAAGGAACAAGUUAAGAAACAAGUCAUAUAGGAAGAAUAAUAAAUGAUCUUAUUUUGCGUAUGGUAGCAUCAUAAUUUCUCUAAGUAAAAAUUGGGGAAUAUAGUAAAUAAUUUUAAAAUUUGGCAGUUACUCUCAGCAUAUCAGUAUAGUGUUGAACAUAUAUUUAAGUGAUUCAUUUCAGUUUUUCAACUCUUGUUUUAUUUUGUUAUUUAAAUUUACUAGCAUCUACAAUGACAUUUAUUAGAAUGAAAAAGUUACUAGUAUAAAACAGUUUAAGAGGUUUUGGCAAUAUGUAAUUGUAUUUGAGAGUAUAAGAAGUAAGGGAAGCAUAGAAACUGGUUGAAUUCAUCUCCUGCUGAGACUUUUUGAGUACUAGAUACAAUUAUACAUUGUGGUUUAGUUGCUGUUCAUGUCUGACUCUUUGCAACCCCAUAGACUGCAGCCCCUCUCAAGCUCCUCUGUCCAUGGGAUUC